AUGAUCCUCAAGGCGAACACCAGCACCAACACCAAGACCGAACCUAGUAUUCUAUUCCUAACGACAGCAGACCCGGCAACGAUUCGAGCAGAGUGGCCAUACUAUCAGAAUUGGACAUUACCCACAGCCCUGAAAUCGCGAGCGAACGCCCAAGUACACAUUCGGUGUUGGCGCGACGACUCGCUGACGUCCGAAGUCCUAGCUGGAUACGACAACAUCACUUUCCUCUGGUGCAACAACUACCACGAGCACCCCGUGGCUUUUCUUGCGUUCCUGCGUGAGCGGCUAUGUCCUGUUGUGGCGGACUUUUCAUCGUCAUCACCACGAUCAUCACGGUCAAUGCAAACGCGGGUGGUCAACAAUGCCAAUGUGGUCCUCUGGAACACGGACAAGACAUAUCUGCAAGACGUGAGGGAGGCGGGCUUUCUCAUCCCGGAUACCGAGUUCCUGGAAGCUAUCGACGCCAACUUUGAGACUGUCGCAGAGCUUGCGGGACGGAUUGCUCGAUCACCAGUGGCGGCUGCUGCUGCGGCUACGGCGAAGAAAGGAAAAGGCAAAGGCGUGGUGCUCAAACCUUCGAUAUCCGGGUCUUCGAAACAGACAUACCUAUUGAACGACCCGAAUCUGCUCAGUGAAAACGACACGGCAUAUCUCCGAGCAAUACUACGUGACGGGAUCGACGGAUCGUUGAUGAUACAAGCAUACGAACCGGCGAUCGCGAACGGCGAGUAUUCACUGGUCUACAUCGCCGGGGAACAUACGCAUACAAUGGUCAAGACGCCGGCGAGAGGAGAGUUCAGGUGUCAGGCCGAGUUUGGGGGCCAGACCGCACAGGUCGACAAUAGUCUUGUGCCGCAAGCUGCGAGGGAUACUGCGACGAGGAUCCUGGAGUAUAUGGAAUCGAGGUUCGGCUCCCUGUUGGGGUAUUGUCGAAUCGAUGGCGUGAUCAGGGAUGAUGGAUCGUUUGUCAUGAUGGAGAUCGAGGCCAUUGAGCCACAUCUUUGGCUCGAGACUCAUGCUGAUGAGAAGACCAAAGAGAAGCUGCAGGCGUGCUUUGGGCCAGAGGCUGCUGUACCUUCGAUUGAUACCAUCGGAGAACGGUCGAGUGCCAUCGCCUUUGAUCGUUUCGAUGCCACGGGGGUGUUAGGUGUUGAAGUGUGA